AGCAGGGCCCUCCUGAUGCUACGGAAGUUUUUCUUCGGUGCUACCACACAGAUGAAGUAUCAGUAAACGAAUCUGAAAAACAAGAAGAUGUGUUACUUGUACGCAACAUGAAAAAUUCUUCUGCUCUCUGAGCACGAUAUUAGACCAAGUACACCUUUUGCUUGAAAAUAUGGCGUCUUUCAGCACCGGAAGCGGAGGUGGGAACCGGCCUCCCACAUGCAAGGACUCAAGCAGGAGCACGACGAGCGUGAAAAAAAUCAACAAAAGUGCACCGCCUCAGCAUCUCCCGCCCACCGCCUCUUCCGGUCGCGACUUGGAAACCGAUUUGGCCGAUUACCCGCGGGACAGCCAGACCGCCCUGGAUAUGACGCCCUCCGCCUAUCGUUCCAAAAGAACCUCCAGUGACAGGAGAAAUAGCCCCGAUAACGCCGCGCCCGACAGUUCUUGCAGCGGAGGAACGCCGGGCCAGGGAGCAGCCCCUGGAGCAGUAGGACGGAGUAGUGCUUGCAGUGCUUGCACUGGUGCAGCAGCGCCUCCACCUUCUGCUUCACUAUUACAGCAAAGAAGUUCUAGCUCAGCCACCUUCAAUGGGAAGACUACAGGGGCCGUCGGAAGUUGUAGUGGCACCAUCGAAGUUCCUGGUGCACAAAGCGCCGCCUGCAACACUUCCUCAAGGACUACUUCAACUAGUAAUGCAGCUUGUCCAGCAGCUCCUCUAAAUUCAGGUGGUGGACCCGGUGCACCACCACCAGCGGCGAGUGGUGGUUGCGCCCCCGGCCUGAAUGCAGCAGCCCAAGAAGAAGAUGGCGAUGAUACGAGCAGUAGCGCAUCUUCGAAGAAAAUAACAACUAGCAGCAACUCUACAUCUCCCUCUACAGCCUCCGCAUCUACUAGCAGUAAAGAUGCUGCAGCAGCAAAACCCAAAAAAUCCCGGCUGCCUCGCGACGGCUUCGCACCCAUUGGGAGUUUUCGGGACCCGGAGCCCGACAGCGCGGAGAGCACGCAGCAACUCCUGCGAUCUUCCAUCGAGUUGUCCCCCGCCGAGGGACAAAACGUGCGACAAACCUAUUAUUUCCGCGCGCGAAAGGAAAACCUGAAAACGCCGCCAAACGGGGCGCACAUUUUCGGGGGGCAGAUUCUGAGCCAGGCACUGCAUGCUGCCAGUGGCACGGUCGACCAGGUAUAUUUGGAUUUUCAUUUUUCACAACUCCUACGAGAAAUAUUGCAGCUCUUGCUCUUUGGUAUGUAGUGAGGUCACGAACGUUCUAUCCUAGCGGUUUUUUUGACAUGCAGCACGCAAAACGACCGGCAGUUACCAAGCGGGCGGAAGUGUUUUUGGAUAUAAAAAAUUUUCAAUUAUCAAGCAGCCGGGGCUUUGCCGUCAAACAAGCCCGGUCGAAAACUAUCGAUUUCCGCUUGAUAAAACGACGCAGGGGAGCCGGCAAAAGGGGCGCCCUUCUGAGGCGCCCACCGCCUUAGUUUCUGGCGAUUUGGGGCGCCCAAAAGGGGGCGCCCAAAAAGCAGCACUCCGAAAAAAACAGCGAAUCCGCAUAGUAUGGGCCUCAUUUUGGCCCACAUUCGGGCCGCGCAAAAGAGGCCACCAAAAUCCGCCAUUUCAGAGGCGGACUGAAGGCCAGGAGAUGCGGCAUUUUGCCAAAAAGAAAACAAAAAAACAAAGUCCGCCAAAAGGAAAAAGCCAAUCCGCAUGCUAUGGGCCCGAUUUGGGGCUCCCAAGGGGCCGACCCUUGCGGGGGCCCUUGCGUGGCCAUAGCAUGCGGUGAAGGUUUUUCGAUUCGAAACCAAGUGGCGGCCUGUUCUGGGCCGACAUUUUUAGCGACCGCCGUGCCGUCGCGCAUAACAUUACUCACGAUGGCAUGGUGGGCAGAGAAUUCGUGCCAUUUUUUGGCGUGAAGACAAAAAAACCGCCAUGACCUCACUACCCCCGCGGACGCGGCUAUUAUUGGUAUAUUUUGGGCUGACAAGAAACUUCUGACUCAAAAUGACACUACGGGAACAAUUACAUGAUGCCAAACGUCAGAUAUAAUUCACAGUAGACAUCAAUCUCCAUUACCAUUUCGCGACCACGUUGAAAAAAAACAAUCCUCAGCGCAAAACCGCCCACUCGUUGCACGCGUACUUUCUGGGAACGGGGUCGCUCUCGGAAGACCUAACGUACCGCGUGCGGGUGAUCCGCGACGGCCGGUCUUUUUCGACGAGAUGCGUGGACGCGCUGCAGAAGGUAUUGUGAGGAAAAAUCCCCCCUCCCCAUAUCAAAACGGAAAUCUGUGAUGCAGAUUUGCAGUUACAAAUCAGCUUAGUCAUGCUAGAAGGGUGGAAAAGAUGCGGACUGUAGUGCUGGGGGGCGUGGGGAAGCCUUGCAUCUUCAGCAUGACAGGAAGCAACUGGAAGUGGGAAACAGCAUUGCAAAUUACCUGCAAACGAGGUCACAACUGCGGCUCUUGGCCUUCUAGCACUACAAGUCGAUUUGUGUACCCAAAUACAGCAUCACAAGUUUCGUGUUUGAUAUGGGGUGGGGGGAUUUUUCCAUUUAAUAGAAGGGCAGGGUGAUUUUCUCGUGCAUUGUGUCCAGUCAGGCAGCAGAGGAAGUGGGAGAUGGCACACGCACCACAGCUGCAUCUAGUAGUACCAGCAAAGCUGCAAUAAAAGGAGGAGGUGAAAGUGCUGCACACUACCCUGAGGACAUCUUUAGCGGCACCGAUAGUAGAACAAGACCAAAUGGCACUCCACGACCUCCUGCUCCUUCCGAUUCCUACUGCGAACAGUUCCCGGCGGAUGUGCUGGCGGUAUUGCAGCAGGGGAAAAACAAGACCCACGAUCUCGAUCCCACGCGCGCUGCUGUUCCGCCGACUGAAAGAGCUGCAGGUGGGAUGAUGGGCUCGGACGUCGGCAGGAGCAGCUUGAUGCUCGACCACACAGGAGCUGCGUCAUCUUCAACCUCCGACAAGGAAGAACUAGAGCAACGUGCCAUCAACAGCCUGAAGCCAUAUGACGAAGUGAUUUUUGCCUCGUUUCUGAAAGUGUAUGGGAAGGACAAAGUAGACGUGGAGAAAAAUACUAAGCACAACAUCAAAGGAGCUCCUGCAGCGCCUAGCCAUGACGCCGGAAGUUCAUCUUCCACUUCCUCCACGACCCGUGUUGACGAGAUCGACGUAAAAAACCACCGGGAUUUCCGUGGCGGCCCCACGCCGCUGGACAUAAGGCCAGUAACGAUCCUAUGAACUGCAAAAGUAUCGUACUCGUAUAAUAAAUGCAUUACAAAUUUCCUCAGCAUGAGAAAUAAAAUUUGUAAUGCGAAUUUACCUUAAAAAGAGAUUUGUAAUGCUUGACUGCAAUUACGAGUGCGAUACUUUUGCACAGGAUAGAUCCUUUCCGAUGACUGGCCCGGCGGGACCCGGGAUAACCCUGGCAGGCUGGUGUGGUUUGUAUGACACUCUCAGAAUGGAAAUCCUCAAAGUGGAAAUAAUUUGUGAUGCAUGAAAUGCGACACCAAAAAGACUGCAUUGCAGAGAACGCAUUGGGGGCCGACUACUUAUUGUGCUUCUACGGGUUCAGAAUUGGGCUGCUGAUUAGCAUAUGAGAACGGCACCCCUUUGCCUAACUAGCAUGACAGACACGCUUUGAGUGCCCGGGAAAUUUGUCAUGCGCCGACUAGAAACGGCGCUCCAACUGGAAGCGUUUUUUUGCAUUACAAAUUAUUUUCACUUUGAUGAUUUCCAACCUGAGGCUUUCAUAGUUCGUAAAGACGAAGUACGGGAUUGAUGAUGUGGUCUCGACGACGAGUGUUGCAGACGGGAAAAAAAAUGUGGGUCUUGAUCCAUCAAAUUCGAGCGAGAACCUCUACUCGCAGCACAUGCUGUACCACCAGAGCGUUCUGGCACACAUGACGGAUACCAACCUCGCGCUCUGCGCGUUCGCACCGAACGGCGGGUACCAUCGUCGGACCAGGAGAAUUAAGAACUGCAAAAGUAUCGUACUCGUAUAAAUGCAUUGAAAAUAAAAUUUGUAAUGCUGAUUUGCCUUCAGAAAAAAAUUUGUGAUGCAAGACUUGCAUUUAUACGAAUGCGAUGCUUUUACACAGGAUAAGAGUCAAAAAUAUGGUCUCGCUCGACCACGCUUUGUGGUUUCAUGAGCCCUCCUUCCGAAGUAGUUUUCAUUUUUCCGAGCAGCGGCACAUGUUGAACGGACAAACGCAAACCACGCAAGCGACAUUACAUAGUACAGAAAUAAGAGACAUCAACGUGGGCAUCAAAGAGAAAGACGCCUGGAACUGGCGGGCGGACGAAUGGUUGUUGUUCGAUUGUAGCUGCUAUCCUGCAGAAAAAUGGUCCCUCUUGUCAACAGUCCGCAUGCAGUAUUACGAUUUAGAAUUCUGUAGUUUCUGCGCAAGGACGAGGAACGCACGUUCACGGAAAGAAGGAAAUUUGUUUUGCGAGGUGGCGGGCUCCUAAAGUCUGUCAAUACGGUUUGGGUGGACGAGCUACAGAAAAUUAAUAAAUGCAACAACCGAAAUUAUAGGUAGGCUUUGUAAGUCUAUAUCCACUUGGACUUUUGCAUCAUAAGACCUUUGUAGAUGAUGACAGUUUUUCUACUACAGGAUAGCUGCUAUUCCAUCGGGAAUGCGAGAGCGAUGGUCAGAGGGCAAGUGUACUGCGUCCGGACGAAGAAGCUGAUAGCCAGCUUGGCGCAGGAACUGCUAUUGCGGUUCGAUGUCGGCGGAAAUAAAGGAACAGGAAGUGGGAGUGGCACAAGUGGAACCACGACGAAUAAAACAGGUCGCGUAUCGCCGCUGAAGACCAACGGGAAUAGUCAAAGAUGUCAAGAGCAACACAUUGGGCCGAAUGGACCUGGUGCUGGUCGUGGAGAGCAGCAUGACAGUCGUUCUGAUCAGGCGAGCGGGGGGCUUGUUGCACUACAACAUAAAGAACUAGAGGAGCAGCAUCUAAAUCAUGAUGGUGAUCCGGGGGGCUUUGGCAGCAGGAGAGUAACUUCGUCACGUCUGUAG